AUGGGCGUUACUGUUACUACUCUUUCUCCUGGCGAUGGUGUCAACUACCCCAAGGCCGGCGACACUGUGACCAUCCACUACACUGGCACUCUUGCCAAUGGCAAGAAGUUUGAUUCGUCUGUUGACCGUGGUCAACCCUUUGUCACUCAAAUUGGUGUCGGCCGUGUCAUUAAGGGUUGGGACGAGGGUGUCCCUCAGUUGAGCGUUGGUGAGCGUGCCGUUUUGGACAUUACUCCUGACUAUGGCUACGGUGCCCGUGGAUUCCCUCCUGUGAUUCCUCCCAGCUCUGAUCUUAAGUUUGAGGUUGAGCUUCUUAAGAUUAACUAA